AUGUUGAAGAAAAAAAAGGACACAAAUGUGAAGGAAAAGUUAAAAACGGCGACGAACGGAAUGAGUUACAAAAAUUGGGAAAAAAAUCCCAAAGGGGAAGUGCUAGAUAAGGAGGAAGAUUUCAAACACCUGGAAGAAAAGGAACAUGAAAUAGAAAAAAUAUCGAGAAGAAUUUACGAAGAAAAUAGUAAAAUAAAAAAAAUCAAUUUGCAUCAUAAAAUAAUUAAGGAAGAAUUUGAAAAGAAAAAAUUAAUCGAUCAAAAUGACGAAAGAAAUGAGAGAAUUAUCUACAACAACAAUAUGAAAAUUCUUGUUAAUGAGUACAAUACUUUAAAAAAAAACAUCAGUAACUUAGCCACACAGGAAAAGGAACAAAACGCGCAAAAUGAAAAGCUAAAAGUGGAGCUGAAUGAACUCAUUAAAGAAAAAGACACUCUGGAGAAAAAACACAGAGAAGAUUUCAAAAUGCUACAGCAAAAAUUGAAGGAGCAAAAAAUACUAUCGUCUGAACAGAAAAUACACGAGCUAAUCAAGAUGAAGUAUAACUGUAAGGAAAGGAGAAAUAACAAAGCGGCGGAGGGAUCCGAGGACGAGUUGACGCGAAGAAACGAAAGACACGCCACUUCCUCGGCCGUCAGCAACGAUAAUAACUGUAGGAACCUCUCUGGGGAAGGAAAUCUCGCAAAUGACAACUACUACCUCCUGGAUGAAGCAGACUACGAAGAUGAAAAGAAAAAAAAACUAAACGCAAAAAUAAUAUUCCUAAAGAAACUAUGCCUGAGAAUCCUAUUUAUUAACGAAUAUCAAAAGCAAAAUAUUAAAAAGUUGGAAGAAAACAUCGAAAAUAUGAACAAGGCAAUCAAUUCUAUAAGCAUUUUGACAUCCAAAAAAGGAGACUUUGAUCACAUCAUUAUAAACUUAAAUGCGUCCAAGGAAAAAAACUACAGUCUUAUUUCGAGAAUUAACCUACUAAAUUACGAAACGAACGUUUUAACCCAGUUGAAUAAAAAAAUGAAGGAGAAAUUUAAAAAUAUCAACCUCCAAAAUGACGAAAUGGUUAACUUAAAAAAAGAAAUUACAAACAAAAUGAACGACAAAAUGACUCAUAUUAAGACAUCCCUACUCAAUAAUCAAGAAACAUGCAAGUUAAAAAAAAAAUGCUUCCACGAUUGUGUCAUGUACUUGAAAUGCCUAUACGAUUUUAUCAAACAAUUUGAAAAUAUGAACAACAAAUUAAAUCUAAGGACACAAAUUAUAAAUAAAGAAAAGAACUUCCAUUUUAAUUACAUCCAUAAGUACAAUGAAGAAAUUCUGGUCGAUGAGAAUCACCUAAAUGACUUUUUAAUAUUUAUUGAAAAAUAUAUUUACGCUCUUAAUUUUUACCUUCCUUCUCCUACAUUCAAUUACAAAAACUUUAUCAUUGAAAACCCCAAUUUUAACGUUCUCGGUUCUGCCUUAUCGGCGCAUUCUAUAGAUUCUGCCUCGAACGAGAACGCUCAAUUUAGCGCACUCAAUUGUGUCACCUCCGAAAAUGAAUUCGGCGCGUCUGAAGGGGGUUCUCCACAGGAAGACGAAAAAUUGAUAAAUGAGCCCGUAAGUAAGGGGCCGAUAAAUGUAGACCCCCCCAGUGCUGGCGACCCCUUGAAUGGUGACGACUCCCUGAAUGAUACUACCCAAGGAGUCGAUCAGCUCGAGAGCAUUCCCACAGAAGGGGACCAAGCGGAGGCGCAGCAUACAGAGGCACACGACCAAAAUUUUGCACCAAAUGAAGUGGGAAACGACCCAAGUGAAGCACAACAAAAGGAGGAAGAACACCAAGACGAACUUAACAAAGAGAACGAACUAAGCGACAACCAAAUUGGCCAGCACGCUGCGGAGAAUAGCCAGAAGGGAAACCCCAUUGCAGAAGUAGAAAAAGAAGACCAUAAGUUACAAGGUGGGCACCAGGAGGAAGAAGCGGGAGGAGGAGUAGAAGAAGAGGAAGAAAAAAAUGCCAUAGAGGAAGAACAACCAAAGGAGAGUGAAUCUCUAAGCGAAACAAAACGAAGUGAUAACUUGGAAGGUGGAAAUGGACAACAUGGUAAUGAUUUACCAAAUGGGGAGAAUGAAGGAGACGUGUCGAAAGUGGCACCGAAGGAGGGAAGUUCACCUGGCGAGCAAAUGGAGAAUGAGGGUACGCCUAACGAAGAAGAAGUGAAGGUACCAGAUGAGGAAGAGGCGAUCGUGCCAGGUGAGGAAAAGGCGAUCGUGCCAGAUGAGGAAGAGGCGGUCGUGCCAGAUAAGGAAGAGGCGAUCGUGCCAGAUGAGGAAGAGCCGAUCGUGCCAGGUGAAGAGCAAAGCAACGCACCCAAAGGUGAGCAGGAAUCUUCACCAAAUGAGGAGGAAGUGAACACACCGGGGGAAGAACCGCUAAACGCGCCAAGCGAAGCGCAGACAACCCCCGAGGCCGCAGAUCUAGAGGGAGAAAACGAAAACUACAAUUUAAAUCACUUUAAUUCGCGCAGCAUCGAAUACGAUAAGCUAAAAGAAGAAAUUCCUACCGAAUUGUUAAUGAAAAAAUAUGACUCUAAGAAAAGUUCAACAGCUGCAAAUUAG